CGAGAUUUAACUAUCAACGAUGAUCAUUGUUACCUUUAUUAGACAUGGAGAGUCAACGGAUAAUCCAAGAGCCGUUUGGGGUGGGUGGAAAGAUGCCCCACUCUCUGAUUUAGGUCGCAAGCAAGCAAGAGCGCUAGGCGAGCACCUCGCAUCAACAAAGAUCGACGUGAUCUAUGCCUCUCCCUUACUUCGCGCUCAUCAUACAGGAAUGGCUGUUCAGAAUGGACAACCCAAGCCGCCGCCUCUGAUCCUCAACCCCAAUCUUCGCGAGCAGCAUUUUGGUAUCGCCGAAGGGUACUCUUGGUGUUAUACAUAUCCAGAUCAUAUGUCCCUUGAUGAAUGUUACAAGACCGGCAUCUUCCCAGCCUUCUUCGACCGCUCCGGUAGAUUUCCAGGUGGGGAGAGUAUCGAUGAACUUGCGGGUCGAGCACAUGGAGCCGUCAAGGAAUGCAUCUUCGCUCACCUUACAGAGGAAGAUGGGUUUCACAUAGCUCUGGCGAGCCAUGGAUUAUGUAUCGGAGAACUUGUCCAUGCACUGUUAAGUUACGACCCAGAAUCCAAUAGAGAGGAGUCAUACACUGGAUUGAUGAACACGGCUUGGACGCGUGCAGUUAUCUCUCUUGAUCCUUCAUACCAGGGACAUGUGGAUUCCGAUAACCCACCGCCGCUCAGAGUCAAGGUCACUCACAUUGCAAAGGAAGAUCAUCUAAAGAACAUAGAUGAGAUUACAGACGUAGAUGGUAAUUUUGAAAACGAGAGGAAGACAGAAGCACUAGCAUUCUUCGGAGGAGCAGGACAUACCAAUUAGUCAUACAGAGAAUGAAAUGAUGAGUUCUUUUGCUAUUUAUGAUACGAGGAUACAAUCGUUUUCUUCUCACGGAGGUGAGAGA